GAUGGCAGAGAAUGCGUGAACUGUGGAGCCACCUCAACCCCCCUAUGGCGUAGGGAUGGCGGGGGUAACUACCUCUGUAACGCCUGUGGUCUCUACUACAAGAUGAAUGGUCAUAAUAGGCCGCUCGUUAAGCCAAGAAGGAAGCAUAACUCAAGUAGGAGGAUUGGUACAAAAUGCAGUAACUGUAGUACGAUUUCGACAACUCUAUGGAGGAGGAAUAUCAAAGGAGAGCCUGUCUGCAAUGCAUGCGGGCUCUAUUAUAAGUUACAUAGUAUCAACCGACCAAUUACAAUGAAAAAAGAAUGCAUUCAAACGAGAAACAGAAAACUUACGACAAAA